AUGGAUGCAGGCGGGCGAGGGGGGCGGCGUGUGGAGUACGGCCGGACGUACGUGGUGAGGCCCAAGGGGAGGCACCAGGCCACCAUUGUGUGGCUCCAUGGCCUCGGCGACAAUGGCACCAGCUGGUCCCAGCUCCUGGAUUCUCUUCCACUGCCCAAUGUUAAAUGGAUUUGCCCUACUGCACCAACACGGCCUGUCGCGGCUUUCGGUGGAUUCCCUUGCACUGCAUGGUUUGAUGUGGACGAAACUUCAUUGGAUGGCCAUGCUGAUGUCGAAGGGCUCGAUGCUUCAGCCGCGCAUGUGGCAAACCUACUAUCCUCCGAGCCAUCUGAUGUGAGCCUUGGGAUAGGGGGGUUCAGCAUGGGUGCUGCCGCUGCCCUCCACUCUGCUGCAUGCUAUGCUCAUGGGAGAUUCACAAAUGGCAUUGCCUAUCCGAUCAACCUCCGCGUCGUCGUUGGUUUAAGUGGCUGGCUUCCUUGCUCAAGGACCCUAAGGAGCAAGAUUGAGAGCUCGCAGCUUGCUCUUAGAAAAGCUUCUAGCUUGCCAAUCCUGCUCAACCACGGAAUAGCCGAUGAGGUUGUCACCUACAGGAACGGUGAAAGGUCAGCUGAGAUUCUACGGAACUCGGGAUUCCAGUAUACCUAUUUCAAACCCUACAAUGGACUUGGUCACUAUACUACCCCUGAAGAGAUGGACGACGUCAGCAAGUGGCUCAGUGCGAUGGCUUUAAUAGUGAUAUACAUAGAGACAGGUAUUGACAAUAUGCAGAAGGUUGAUAGGCUAUGUGAAUUUCUUUGUGCUAUUCCAAUGAAAUAUACUAUCACAAGAACUGCUAUGAUUUAUGAACAGAUCACCAGGAAAACUAGUCUUGGCCGAGUGGCUCACCAGUCACCACCAGGAGCACUUGCCACCACACUACAUAUGCGUUCGGGAGCAGAGCAGGACUGCAAAUCACCUUUGAAAAAUAACAAAAAUGUCAAGGUCAAGAGCUAA